CCCGGGAAACAGCCUCGCCGUGCCGCGCCGUGCCGUGCCGUGCCGUGCCGUGCCGUGCCGUGCUGUGCCGUGCUGUGCUGCGCUCCUCCGCCAUGAGUCAGCAGUUCCAAGUCCUCAGGUGUUUCUCCUGCCAGACCUUCCAGGUGCAGCAGGUGAAGAAGAGCAGCAGGUGGCGCUGUAAGCUGUGUGGGGAGAAGCAGACGCUGCUCAAGGAGUUUGGGCGGGGCUCGGGGGCCGACUGCAGGCGCCACGUCCAGAAACUGAACGCCAUGCGAGGAGCCAUGUUGGAUCAGCGGGAGCAGACCUCCUGGUCUCUAUGGGAGGGGGCGGAGCAGGAGGGGGAGGAGGCGGAGUGUGCGGCAGGUGACAGCAGAGCAGAGCAUGAUGGGAAGGAGGUGAGUCGUUGGACUAAAUACCUGAACCAGCAGCAGGAAGGGGAGGGGCUGGGGGCGGAGCUAGAAUCAAGUGUCAGGAGGAGAGGAGAGGAGGAGCACACCUGGACACCUGGACAGACGGACCGCCACCGCCGCCGCCGUCCGCCAGAGAGACCGCACGCCGCCGCCGCCGCCACCAGCACUCCCCGCCCCCCCCACCUGCCAGGUGGCGGUUUGGUUGCUCCGCCCCCGACCCCCCACUGGGCACAGCAGGAGGGGGAAGAGCUGUGUGAGAGGGGGAGGGGUUGCGGGCGGAGCCUCACAGUGGGCGGGGCCAGCGCUCUGGCUGUCAGUGGGUCUGACCAGUCAACAGUCACAGCGCCACGCAAAGCCUCUGUUAUGCAGGCUCCGCCCACUCAGUGGCCACGCCCCCUCCUGCCUGUCAGCUCUCUGUUCGACAGUGGCGAGGACUUCAGCCUCGACCUUUGACCCUCAGCCUGGUCACUUUCCCUGAUGUGCAGAUGUUCCAGCUGUUUCCUGCAGAUGUUCCAGCUGUUCCCUGCUGAGUUGCUCCUCCCUCUCUUCCUCUGAACGCUGACUGCAGAUCAGUUUGCCUGAAUUUUUUCCUGCUGUUGUUAAAUUUCAGUUCAAGGCUCAAAAGGGACUUUUAGUUUUUUAAAGAAACAUUAAAGGCAGAGAUGAAAUAAAAACAACAAACUGA